CGAAAAAAAGAGUCUUUAAUAUGGCUCGUAAACGAAAAUUUACACUAUCCAGCAAAUUAGCUGCGGCGGUAGCAGCUGAAACAAAUUCAACUCCGGUAGCAACAACUUCAGCAACAAAAACGAUAAACCUGGUUCCAGCAAAUAAUCCGACUUCUGCACAAAACCAACAGGAAUUGUCAGCGAAUUCUUUACCAAACAAUGCAAAUUCUUUAUUAUCAAACGAAAUAAGCGCGGAUCAAUGGAAAUCAUCGCCAUAUAUUUUAUCAGAUGACGAUGAAGAUUUAAGUUCGUCUGUUUCUGUUGUGACAUUACUUAAUAAUAACAAUAAUAGUGGACAAGAUUGUCUUCGU